CUCCACUGCUCCACUCUCAUCAUCAUACUUUACCUAAUCCGCGUGUUUGCGUCAAACCCGUCAUAGCUACAGAUUUAGGGAAUUAGUGUGCUUAGUUUUUAAAAUAAUUUUGUCAAUAUACAAAUAAGACUACACAAGAUUGAUACAUAUCCCAAAAACCAAGUUGAUGACUUUCGAUAUUUCCAAUUGAUGACUUUCAAUAAAUAAAUGGAAAAAGCAAGUACACCUAGAAACCGUUUGACCAGGUCAGCGGCCAAACAGGUAAAUACACCUAAGAUUGUAGACCAGGAUGAAGAUCAAAACUUAAAUGAAGACGUGAAACAAAAUGUGCGAAGAACCAGACGUAAAACUGACACUAAGCGGAAAACCAAUGGAGAUGCUUCAGUUAGUUCACCCACUCCUGUGGAAAAUAAAAUGUUAAAAAGUAAUGAUGAAAUUAGUGAUGGCAAUUCUCUAGAUGGUUAUGAUUCAGAAAAUUCAAGUGUUGGUGCAAAACAAAGAAACUCACCUAAAUCAACCAACCACAAUACACAAUCACCAACAAUUUCGAGAAAGUCAUUAAGGGUUAGACGAAGUAUUACUCCAGGACCAGAACUGGAAUCUAGUGCUUCUAAAAAAAUGAAACGAUCAACUAGUGAAGGAAAGUUAGAGACAUUAUCGACUCCUACAAACAGACGAGGCAUUAGAGCUAGAAGUGAAAGUAAAGAUUUUAAACUGAAAAGUAGUGAAAGUGAUAACCUAAAUUCUUUAUCUGGGUCGUGUACUAGAUAUGUUCAUAGAAAUUCUACAUUGAGAGUAAUAGAUAAAAUUGUAGAAGCAAAUGAAGGUGAAGAUAGCAGUCACGAUGAUGAACCCCUAAAAAAUCUAAUUGAAGGUGCAAAAUCUCAGAAAAUGAGUACUGUUAAAGAUAAUUCGUUUGAGGAAGUUUCAGAAAUAAUACAAAAUUUUGAAUUGAAAGAUAGUAUUUCCUCUAAAGAAGUUAUAAAUGAAACACUCAGUGAGAAUACAGUCAAUAAGACUAAAUUUCAGGAUAGUAUUUCUGAAGAGAAAGAAAUAGUUGCGAAAGAGGAAAAUAAAGAACAAAAUGUGUAUCACAAAACUACUUCAAAUUCAGUUGACAUUAUCCCAGAUGAACAACUAAUUCAAAAACCUACAGUUUUAGACACAUCUCAGAUCAAAGUUAAUGAUGGUAUUGAAGAAGAGAAGAAUUCAGUAGAAGAAAAGUCAAAUGUUAAUGCUAGUUUUUCAGAAGACACUGUUGAACCCACUGCUCAAAAUACUGAAAAAUGUUUAGAUAAAGCAGUUAGUAGUGUUCAAAAGGAACAAAUAGUGCAAGACCAUACAGUUUUAGAGACAUCUAACAUUAAAGUAAAAGGGGACAAUAAGGAUGAGGAGAACUCAAUGGAAGAGACUUUAAGUAUUAGUGCCAGUUUUUCUGAAGAUUCUGUUGAACCUGAAAAGGCUGAAAAAUCAUUUAAAACUGGAGAUGUGCAUCAAGAUGUCUGUAAAGAAAAAAUGGCCAGCGAUAUUCCUGAUGAGAAAUUUGAUUCUGAUAGUGUUGAAAUUGAUAUUAUUGCAAUUGAUAGUAACUCUCAAGAAGUACCUCCCAAUGCUUCCAUAGAAACAAAAUGUUCUCCCAACAAAUCUACAAUUUCUGGAUCUCUUGAAUCUUCAGUGGUCCCUCAGGAUGAAAAUUGCACCUUAUCUGAAAACAAUAACAUACCUCCAACUAAUCAGUCAGAAACUAGCAGCUUGGACAUUCAAAAUGAAGAAGUGAUGUCAGAUUCUCAAAAGGUCAAUACAUCUUCGCGGUUACCUACACCAGUUAAAGAUGUGCAGGUAAGAGAUCAAAGUACUCCGAUGAGCACUUGUCACAAAGAUAAUGAUUAUACUAUUUGUCAGUUAGACAGUAUUGUGCAAGAUAAGAAAGAAAUAGAAAAGGAUGAAGAUACAGAAAAUGGUGGUGACGUUAUUUGCAGUGGGAAUUUGGACAAAGAAGAGUCAGUUGAAAUUGCAGAAGUUUCUGAAGAAUGUGAAAAGGAGCACAAUAAAGGAGAAACAUUUGAGACGCCUGCAGUUGAAUUAGAGCAAUAUAGUGAUUUAGCUGAUGCAGUUAUUAUAGAAGAAAGUGAAGACAGUCCUAUAGAAGAAAACCAGGAAGUUUUUGAAGUAGAGGAAAUAGAACCAGAAUCAUGCAAUAUUGAGAUUAAAAAUCCUGAUACAGUUGAUGACAUUGAUAAUAAUGAAAUUAUUAUGUCUGACAAUCCGAAACAACAAACUCAAAAUCUUAUGGAAAGCAAGCAGUCCGAAUUUGAUGAAAUAAAUGAAGUAGCUGAUGAAAUUAUGGAAGUAUUUGAAAGUGAAGAUGUAACUGAGGAUAAAGAAAACGUAAAUGCCUUAAAAUUACAAGAACAAUAUGAUUCAUCUAUUCAUGAGAGUUCUAUAAAAUCAGCCAAAAAAAAUGAUUAUCAACUUGACAGUGAUAAUGUAAGCAAAAACUGUGAUGAAGAUGAAGAUUAUGAAGGCAAUGGUAGUCAUUCUGAAGAUAAACAUAAAGAAGAGCAAAAUUUUAAUGAUGAUAAAAAUCAAGAAGAAGAUAAAAAUUAUGAGCCUUGUAAAGAAGAUAAUAACUUAGAUGAAGAUAAUUAUGAUUAUGCAUCUGGGAGUGACAUAUUAUAUAAAGGUAUGUCUGAAUUUUCUGACGAAGAUGGUUAUCAGAUGGCACAUAAAGAUGGAAGCCUGUUUAACCCGUUUAAUGAUAGUAAUGAAUCUUCUUCUGAUCAUAGGUCUGGAAGUGGGAAAUAUGUUUCUUCUAUUGAAGAAGAAGAAGAAGAAGAAGAAGAAGUGGGAGAGGAAGAAGAAAAUAAUGAAAAUGAACAAAACCAAGAGGAUUUGAAUCCUGAUAAAAAAGCUGAAAAUUGUGAACUGAAAGACGGUACAUCACCAAAUGUUAAAGAUGGAGAAAAACUUUUUGAUAAUGAUAAUCCUAUUACUUAUGAUAAAGCUUUAGCCAUUCUCAAUAAAAACAGAGUGAAAAAAAUUGAUGAUGAGGAAUUUUUUGAUAUGUUUACUCAAGAACUCAACAGAGUGUCUGAAGAAUCUGCUUCUGAUUCAGAUAUUGCCAUCGUAGAUGAGUACAUAAUGGAACCUGAAGAAACAAGUACCAAACCUAACAAAAAACAGGGAAAUGCACAAGGAAAUCCUAAACCCAUCCAGAGACCCACCAACCCAAUGGGAAAUCAAAGUGGGCCUCCACCAGGACACUUUUAUAAUCAGCAGGUUCCACCUCGGCAUCACCUUCCAACCAUGCAAAGGAUGAAUGUUCCAAAUCCAAACUACCAACAUUACAAUCAAAGUAUGCCUAUGCGAGGUCCUGCCAUGUACAAUCAGUUCCCACCACCUAAUCAACCUAUGCCAGAACCACGUAUGUUCAAUCCCCAAGUUGCUCCUGAAGUCAACUAUUCCUCAGGGAUGUUCAACCAGCAUGUAAGCCUUAACACACAGCUGCGCUAUCCAAAUGCACCACCUCUAAAAGUAAGAAGUGUUAAUGUGAUGAAUAAUUUACAACCUUAUGAUGAAAUGAAUAGAAAAUAUAUUGAGGAGGUUUCCCGUUUAGAUAUAAAUACCCCCAGGGAAUUUGUGGAAAACAACGAAAAUGUUCGAUGUGCAGCAACCAUGACAGAGACUGAAGAGAAUUUGGAAAAAUCUCCCCCAAGUUCUAUCCCUCAAAGCGUUGGUAAAAAAAGUGUCAGCACACCUAUUUUGAAUCUGUUGGGGCUGGAUAAACAGAAGUUAAAGCAGUUGAAAGAAGUAUUAGGAAUUGAUAGAAAAUCAGUCUUUCAAAAAUCACCAAUGAAGCCCAAUGUAUCGAUUAAAUCUUCUCUGGAACAGAGAAAAGACAAGUGUGCCAAGAAAAAGAAAAGGAGGAGGAGGGAUAAAAAACGUUUACUAAUUCAGUCAGAUAAAGCUUUAAAGAAAUCUCUGGUGAAACAAAUCAUUGAUAGUGAUUCAGCCACAUACACUGAUACAAGAUUAAAGAGACCUAGUAAUGUACAAUCAAGUGAUGAAACAUCAAGCACUGACCAAGAUGUUUACGAAUUUACCUCCAGACAAGUAAAAGACAGUUCCUCGAGUUCAAGUGAAAGUACAGUUAACAAAACAGAAUCUAUGGAUAGAAAGAUUAAUGUACAAGAUGGAAGUGUAUCAGUAACAUUCCCAAAGGCUAACAGAAAAUUGAGGCGUAGACCAAAGAAGAGGAGGCGCAACGAAAACUCCAGUGAAACAAGUCCUAUAAUAAUAGUCAAAAGAAAUAUUUAUAAGCCUGUGGUUAUUUCAGAUACUAAAGUUGGAGCUGGGAGAAAGAUGACCCAAAGGAAGAAGGAAACCAAGCAGAAGCCUUCUCUUGUCAAGUCUAACUGUGGGACGUUUACUGUGGAUGGAGUAACUGCCAGCAGUCAGAGCAGUGACUCAGAAGUGGUGUCACAGGAGGAGUCUCCGUCUGUGAAUUACUAUCUUCAAGAAUUGGACAGAAUAAGGCAAGAUGUGAAGUCAGGUAGGAACAAGUUGUCAAACAUGUUCAGCCAGCACAGUUUGUCUAAGAAUGUAAGGAACGCCAGAGGGAGUGGGCAGGAGAAUGUUACCAAAAAACGCAAGGUAAGAAAGAAACUCAGCAUUUGUAAGAGAUUUGGAAUUACGGCGUUAAAGUAAAUUAAAUGGUAUUGU